AUGGCUACGUGGCUCCUUCAGGCGAACCUGAACCACGCCCGCUACGCACAGGACUUAUUCGUCCAUACCAUGGCGGAGCGUGGUAUAGGAUUGGGCGUUGCUGCCGAGCCGUACAACGUGCCUGAUCACCCAUGUUGGGUGGCGGAUCGUCUCGGCUCGAUGGCGAUACAUUGGAGGGCGUUUGAUGCCUCGCCCCCUGCCUCUUUUGUCGAGGCAGGGAACGGUUUCGUGGCAGUGGAGUGGGGGGCCAUAGUCGUCGUUGGGUGCUAUUGCCCGCCGAGCCUAUCAUUGGCCCAGUUCGAGGACUACCUCGACGGGCUGGAGGAGUGA